AGAAACUUCCUUCUUUCACCUUCAAUUUCAGGAAAUAAAGUGCAGUCAAAGAAUAAUUUGCAUUUUUUUAAAUAAAAAAAUCCUUGAAAUUUUGUCAUUUUAAUUCAUUUACUCGUAAUAUUGAGUAAAAAUCAAAAUUAGUCAAUCAGUAGGCAUGUUUCGACCGAUUUCAUCAAUCGGCCGGAGGAUUUCAUACGAAAGUCGAGCAAAACAAAUUGUCAGGAGCAAAGUGGUUCAUCCAGCUUCUAUCUUGAAACCGGCUGAAAAAAUUAAAUUAUACAAUAAAGAGAACAAAGAUCUGUUCGGCCCCUUGUUGGAGACAAACAAACAAAGAAAGAAGAGAUUGCAAACCGCUGCUAAAAAUAAAUCUCAUCAAAACAACAUCGAUACAAGUGAAAAUACGAAGUUAGAACACGCGAAAAAUGCAGUCGAGAAGUGCGUGCUGACUGGGUAUUCCAAUUUUGUUUUAUCUACUUCCAAAAUGUGGCAGAAUACAAGGAAUAGUGUCAAUUUUGUUGGUGUAUUAAUUAAUAGUUUACAAGUGAGGGGUUUAAAGACAUUUGUACCUAGAAAUGCAGUGAAGAGUUCUCCCGCCCAGCCAGGGUAUGCCAGUGAAGAUAGAAUCUUACAGAUCAAGCAACACCAGAAUGAUUUUGCUAAGCAGUAUCCUUCGGUAACGCUGAUAUUGAAUAAGACAAUGACAGAAGAAUCUCGGGCUGCUUUGGAGAAGUGGAAACAGGAGAGGAUUGCUGAAAUGGGUCAGGCUGAAUUUGACAAGUUUUAUGAAGCUCAAAUGGCAGUUGGCACCAAAUUCCAUAGCACUCUCAAGAACUACUUCACACAACCUCAAACACAAUUGCGGAUCGAGAAGGAAGUAGAAGGAGUGUGGGUGUCUGUCGCCGAUGUUCUCAAACAUAUAUCUUCACCAAAAGCGAUAGAAUCGAAUGUGGUACAUCCAGUUCUCAAGUACAGGGGGAUAUUUGAUGCCAUUGCUGAUUAUGAAGACAAACCCACCCUAAUCGAAUGGAAGAAAUCCGACAAGCCACGCAAAUCAAUAUCUCUAACAUACGACAAUCCAGUUCAAGUGGCAGCGUACUUCGGCGCAGUGUGCAACGACCUUAACUACAAACAUUUGAACGUUCGCGACGCACUGUUAGUCAUAGCGUACACCGACGGCUCUAAGGCGGAUGCUUACCAUCUCUCUACGGAUAAACUGAGAGAGCAUUGGGCACAGUGGUUGAUAAGAUUGGAGGAGUACAUGAAGAAACACGGGGCCAAUACGGAAAAGAUACUGAAAGGUGGGAAGCGAUUGUUCGAAGAGGAUAUUGGGAAUCUCCAGUAAUUUAUGCGGAGUUACUAUCAAACGAAGAUUGAUUUGGAUUAGAUGAGCUAAUGAAACUGCUCAAGCUCGCGAUGAAGAUAAGCGACCUAUUUUCAGUGUAAAAUGGCGCUAAGUUGUUGAAUCUGCUAUCUGUAAAAAGAGGUGUGAAAUGGUCAUCAAAUCUUUUGCCAGUUUUUUUUUUAAGAUAAUCGUUGCGAAAUGUUCUUUUAGUCUCAUUUAAAAUUGUAGUUUUUAUUUUUAUUGUAACCUAAACAUAUAAUAGUAAUAACACAAUUUUUGUUGCUGUGACAGAGAAAAAAAUUGUUUUUAUCUAGUGUGAUUCAAAUUGAAGCUAAAUCCAGAUGUUACGCUAUGGGAUACCAAGAAUGCCCUCAAAGGGUUGAAAUAUCUUGUCAUAUUAAUAAAUAAUAAAUAAGACAAAACAAAUUACUUUUAUCCAAUCUUUCUCCGUCAAUAAACACACAUUUUUUAUGCUAGGGAAUUUUAUGUCAAAUGUGCACGUCUAUUGUGUCUAUUCCUUACGGGUUAGACAGAGCCAACAGUCUCGAAAAGAGCAAGCUCAUCGCCUAAAAGAAUAAUACCAUGUUUAUAAAUCUGGCAAAAUUUAAGUGAUGUGAAACAAAAUUCAGUGAAUAAUGACUGUAGAAUUUACUAUCAGAACAAUAUUCAGAAAUGCUCAUUGGAUUACAAGCCGUAAAUUUACAGUCAAUGAUAAUUAUGUAUAAUUCCUUGCCGAAUUUAUUUAUGCUACAAACUUUCGUUUAAAUUGACACGUAACGAAAGUAAGUUUUUAAAAGUUAUUCAAAUGCCACAUUUAACAGAAAUGCAGACUUUUAUUGAUUAAGAGGUAUCACCGAAUAUGAAAGAGGCUUGUUGGAUGUCAAUACGUGAGGCUCCAGAAAUGAAAUAUAGGUACAUUCUCACAGAAAUUGAAAUAAUAAGAUGGUGUUUUUUAUAAUGAUAAAGCCAUAAAUGCUAGUUUAAGGAAUUAUCUAUUGUAUAUGUGUGUACGGGUAUCCAACUCCUCCAUUUUUAUGUAUAAUCUAGCCUUUGCAGAAGAACACCUUAUUAUUCAGACUUCUGUGAUGUAAAAUACUUAUAUUUAAUUACUGUAUAUAGUAUAAAAUGUAUUUUCUGUUAAUUGUGUCGAAUUUAUAAGUUUAUAUCUAAAUAAUGUAACUCUAAAAGCUUAAGAGGCCAAAUACAUUAUAUAAAUUGUUUUUUUUUACGAGAUGUCUCGAAUUAUGGUUUAAUAUCUUUAAAGAUAAUGUUAAUUGCGGUUUAUAACCAUAUUGACGCAUAUCCUUGUAUUACUUUUAUGUUAGCAGUGCUUGUUUGUUUCUGAACAUAAUAUUAGUACUUAUUAAAUUUCGAAAUAUAACCAUAUAUCUUACAAAUUUUCAUUGUACUCUUAGGUUAAGUUACAUUCGAUUCUCUUUAUUUCUAGUGUUAUACCAAAACAUAAAAUAUCAGCUAGUCAUUUAGAAACAUCCACCAAUAUUAUAAUGAAAUGCAGCUGUUUUAAAUGUUUUUCUUGAUAACUUCAUUUCAAUUUCCUUUUUUUCACAUUCAAUGUUGAAAGUAACUCAAUCUAUGUAAUUAAUAGAAGAGAUUGAUGUUGUUAAAGUUCGUAUUUUUCUCUAUUGCAUUACAAAUUCCGCGGGACAACAAUCGUCCUUGAAUAGCCUGGUGACCGUCACUUUAAAAAAAAAACAUUUCGGCAAAGAUACCCCGCAAGGUGUGACUAAAAUCUUAACUAGAACAAACAAUGAUGAAUGACUGAAAAAUAACGGCACCAUAUAAAUUAAUUACAUUAAUUUUAAAAUGUAUGAGCAUCUCACACGAUUUUUUUAAACAGUUAUAGGUAGAUAGUUCGAUACAUUAAACAUUUAUUACGAGAUGUUUUGCAAAGAAGCGUUACUUUACGCUAUCCAGGCAGUGCAGUUCUAUUCCAAUUAUUUUAAGUGAUUAUUAUAUCUUUGCGAAACAUCUUGUUAAAACUUACAUUUUGCAAUAUUCUGAGCCAUAUUUGUGGAAAUUGUAUUACAUAUUACCUAUAUCAGUUUGAGUUCUUUUGUUAAGGUUGAUAAGUACAACAAUUUUGUCAAUUCUUCAUGUAAAAAUUCUAGAUAUUUUGAUGCAGUUCUCUGUAACUGAAAAAUUACCAUUAACAUAUGUACAUUACCAUAGCUUCGAGGAAUCGUGGUUUCAUCCACUUCCCACGAGAGGCGCUUAGUAACACACCUAUAUAUUGAAAAUGUAUUGUAGGUGUGUAUACUUUUCUAUGUGACCCAUUUAAUUUUUAAAAAUGACUAGAUGCAUGAGCAAAAAUCGUUAUAGCCGUAUUUUAUUGUGCGCCACGCGUACAUCAAAUCGUCAUGUGAUGUCAGGCUAAGUCGAUAGAUGUCGUUUUAUAAGUUUACAACUUUGGUACAGUCGCUUCCAGAGAACCAAUGGUUUUCUUUUUUGUGUGAAGUUUGUCUGCAGGCGACAAACUGUCUUGGUAUUAUUUUAAAAAAUUUGGCAUGACUUCAAAGCUAAAAUAAGUACCGCUCCAAAACAAUAGAAACAAGGUCUGAUUUUUUUUUAACCGUUGUAUUUAUUUACUGUAAUAAAGCAUUAAAAAAAUUUAA